GCACCUCUGAGAUGAUGAGUUACUAUAUGGACACAACCAUUGGGAACGCAGCCCCUUAUCCUUUGCCUCGCCCUGGACUGAUGCAAGGUCCUGCCGGCCCCUGCGAGGAACCCUGGGUGACCUGCGGCUUCCAAUCCGCCUGCUACCAGCCAAGGACGUGUUGCCCUCUCUGGGAUGAGCCUGCCACACAAGAAGUGCCCACUGGCCUGGAGCACUACGGCACGGAUAUGGAGUGUGCGGAUGUGCCUUUAUUAACUCCCAGCAGCAAAGAAAUGAUGUCUCAGGCAUUGAAAGCCACCUUCAGCGGCUUCGCCAAAGAGCAACAACGGCUGGGAAUCCCCAAAGAUCCCCAGCAGUGGACGGAGACGCACGUGCGGGACUGGGUGAUGUGGGCGGUGAAUGAGUUCAGCCUGAAGGGAGUGGAUUUCCAGAAGUUCUGCAUGAACGGAGCUGCCCUCUGUGCUCUGGGCAAGGAGUGUUUCCUGGAGCUUGCGCCUGACUUUGUGGGAGACAUCCUUUGGGAACAUCUGGAGAUCUUGCAGAAAGAAGAGGUAAAACCGUACCCAGCAAAUGGAGUGAACACACCAUAUCCAGAGUCCCGCUAUACUUCAGACUACUUCAUUAGUUAUGGCAUCGAGCACGCACAGUGUGUGCCUCCCUCCGAGUUCUCUGAGCCCAGCUUCAUCACAGAGUCCUACCAGACCCUCCAUCCCAUCAGCUCAGAAGAGCUCCUGUCCCUCAAAUAUGAGAACGACUAUCCUUCGGUCAUCCUGCGUGACCCGGUCCAGACGGACUCCCUGCAGACAGACUACUUCACGAUCAAGCAAGAAGUAGUAACGCCGGAUAACAUGUGCAUGGGACGUGCCAGUCGAGGUAAACUGGGUGGCCAGGACUCCUUCGAGAGCAUAGAGAGCUACGAUAGCUGCGACCGGCUGACGCAGUCCUGGAGCAGCCAGUCCUCCUUCCAGAGCCUCCAGCGCGUCCCCUCCUACGACAGCUUCGACUCGGAGGACUACCCCGCUGCCCUGCCCAACCACAAGCCCAAAGGCACCUUCAAGGACUAUGUUCGAGAUCGGGCCGAUAUGAACAAGGACAAGCCUGUCAUUCCUGCUGCUGCCCUUGCUGGCUACACAGGCAGUGGACCCAUCCAACUGUGGCAAUUCCUGCUGGAACUGCUCACUGACAAGUCCUGUCAGUCCUUCAUCAGCUGGACGGGGGAUGGCUGGGAAUUCAAGCUUUCUGACCCAGACGAGGUGGCCAGGCGAUGGGGCAAGAGGAAAAACAAACCCAAGAUGAACUACGAGAAGCUGAGCCGUGGCUUGCGCUACUACUACGACAAGAACAUCAUCCACAAGACGGCUGGGAAACGCUACGUCUACCGUUUCGUCUGCGACCUGCAGAGCCUGCUGGGCUACACGCCCGAGGAGCUCCACGCCAUGCUAGACGUCAAGCCAGAUGCUGAUGAGUGAAGACGGCCAGCCGGGGUGGAGGAUCACCCCGUAACGUUUUGGAGAGUCAAUGGGACUUUUUCUGUUGGUUCUUUUUUAAUUUUUGUUGUUAUUUUUAUUGUUCGUUAUUUUUUUGUUUUCAAGAGCAACUCAGAUUUGAUGCUUUGAGGAUGUUGGGAGAGAGGGUGGUGGAAGAGGCAAUCUUUUGGCCAAAGCCUAAAAAGUUUGGUUCAGAGAAGGAUGGGCCUUUUUUUUUUUUGAAAGCCCCAAGACAGGCUUUUUUGGGGGUGAAAUUCUGAGUUUUAAGAAAGCCAGAAAAAUGUAGCUCACUUAAAAACCAAACCCCUCCCCACCCCUUGCUGUUUAGAAAAACUCUUAUUAAAUGGAUCCCUUCGGUUUUUGUGUUGUUCGCACACAAACAUGUUCAGGAAAUAACAAAAUUCCCGAGGAUUUGAGGAUUUAAACCUUUUUUUUGGGGAGGGAAAGCCAAAGGGGGUGAAUAUUCCUGCUUCGGGGAGGGGCAAUAUAAGGAAAAAACCAAGAACUGUUUGUCGUUCUUGUUACAUCGCCUUUCUGUCAGUUGUCUCCUGUUCUACGAAAGGCAGAAUUUUUGGGAUCAAGAGGGAGGGAUCACGUCUUUUGUUUUUUUAAAUUUGUUAAAGUUUUAUUUUAUUAAAUUUUGUGCCAGUAUUUUUUUUUUUAAUUUUUUAAAUAGUCUUAAGCUCUAAGGUGGUCUCAGUAUUGCAAUAUUGUGUGUGUUUGUUUCUGUUACGCCAGCAGAGAGUUUUAUACAGUGAGGAAAAAAGGAAAAUAAACCCCAACAGAGGAGUUUAUGUAGACCCUGCUGGAGAAGCGAAGCGCUACGACUCGGCAUCUCCGACUCGUAUGUGAAGGAAAAUCAACUCCAAGCUGGCUCCUAGUGAUGCUGGCCAGGGGUGCCGGUCAUGCUUCCAGUCCCACAUGCUUCGCUUCACCGUUUACUGAUAAAGCUGGUUGAAAUUACUGCUUUUCAUGUUGUUAAAAAAGGGGCCUUUCUGGAUGGCUGUGUUUUGUGCACGAAACCUGUCGAGAUUUGCAGGGAAAAAAAAAAGGGUUUUUGCAUUUUCCAAAUCACUUCUGUAUUGCUCAAGGGACGCUUUGGUGCUUCGAGAAAAUGGGGUUGGUUUAAUUUUUGAGGGGAAAAAGGAGAAAUUCCUGUGUUUGAAUGUGAUAAAUGGAAAAUGCCCAAGUUGAUUGGUGGGGGAAAAAUCAGGUUGAAGUUGAAAACCCAAAGGGAAGUGUUUUCUCCUUCCUCUUUCGACCAGAUCUGUCUGUGUUGCUGUAUGUCUUGACCAACUUGGGCACACUCAGAAAGGAAAUUGUCCUUGCAAAUGGGUUCUUUCCUGCUCGUUGGAAGCCUGAUCCCGCAAACCCUGUCGGGGUGUGAUUAGCAUGAAGCAUAUGACUGGGGGAAACGGAGGUCUGGUGAGCUUGCCCGAGGCGGGUGCGGGAUCAGUCCUGAGAGGAGCUGCUCCGUCUGUCCUCCCAACCUUGGGCAGCGUGGUUUGUGCUCAGAGGGGUAAAUCCUGCUGCUCCCAGCGCUGCCCGGGAUGCUCUGAGCAGGCUGAAGCUGAUGGGUUCAGCGUGAGUUAGAGGAUCGGGUGCUGAGUGUUUCUGAUACAACCCUGCAGCUGGAUCCGUGCGGAUCCGGUUGCCAAAACGGGACUUUUGACCCCUGAAAGCCACUGGGUGUUUUCUUUUUAAAGGCAGUAUUAAUGCGUUUGAACCAAAAGUACCUUCUUUUUGUGAUGUUUGUCUGUCCGUCUGUGUGUUGUAGGUAGCUGUGUUCGUUACAGAGGCGCUGUGGGACAGCAGCGGGGUCAAGGUGGGCAGGGGCUGUCGGAGAUGCUCGCCAGGUGAUGCCUAGUCUGGGUUGAUAGGUCAGGGCAGCAGGAUCCGGCUCCACAUGCUAAGAGCUGAAAUAUUCAGGCAAGAAACCUGCCUUGUGCAAGGAUGGGGAGCUCAACGCUGGGGCAAGGUGAUGCUCAGAGGUGCUGGACUCUCCUCUGCUUCGUCCUGAGCUGGGGGCACCCAACACCUCCAUCCUGAUUGGUCGUUUUGGGGUGAUUUGGCCCCCAAACUGCUUUUUGCUUAAAAAAAAAAAACGAUGAUGGAGGAGGAAUGAGCAGGACGAGAGGGAGCUCCAGCUGACGGGGUUGAAGCAGAUGGUGGUUUAGGUAAGGGAGGGUCUUAGAUUUGCUGUUAGCUCAUGGGGCUGGGGCUGCGCAUCAUCCCACUGAGCACACGGAAAGAAAAGAGUGAGAUGGGUGGAAAAGACGGAAAAAGGAUGGAAGGAAGGUGAAAGGAGCACACACCAAAGGGCGAAAGGGACGCAGCCCACUGGGAAGUUAAACUUCAGCUUGGCUCCUUGGGCAGACUGGGCAAGGGCAGAAAACAGCUUGGCUGAGCUGGAGAGAGGAAAGGAAAAAAUGGAUAAUGUGGAUGAGGUCCCCCCACCAAUGAGACACCAGUACAGAGCUCUGCUGCAGAGCCAGGCUCGCUGCAAGGCUGGAAAGGGCGUGGAGCAAGGUGUGACAGCACAGAAAUGUGCCAGGGAGGAGUAGUUAAAGAGCAUCCCAAUACGACGCUUCGCCUGGGUAGGAUUUUCAGUGAUUGGAUGGUUUUUUUAAGGUGUUCAGGACUGCUGUUCUGCAUGCAGUUACCCUUCAUGGGCUGCUUCUAGCAGUGCUUUGAAAAAUAUGCCUUGUAAGGGAUGCUGCCAGGAGGACGGGAGUCCAUCUCCUGUUGUCAGCACCACUCCGUGCCCCAGGAUGUGUCUCCUGCUUUUAUUGGAUGCUCCACUGCAGCUGAAGUGCCUUUUUCAAGCAGAAAACAGGGAUAAAAUUUCCUGCUGACAGAAGGAACCGCAGGUUCGGGUACCAGCCCCAUCCUUCUGCCAGGCAAAAUCCCUCAUCCGCUCUGCCGUGCUUGUUUUUCCAAGUUUCCAAGCCAAACCUGUGCAUGCCCAGUGAUUUUGGGAGGAUGGUUUAAAGGUUAGAAAGGGCGAGUCAUGGAAAGCAGCUCUGGUUUUUGGAAGUAGCCCCUGGUUGGAGCUUCUCUGUCAUUUCUCCCGGCUGUUUGCCCUGCCAGCUUGCAGCCUGUGUGCAAGUUCAGCAGCAGAAGGGCACUUUGGUCCAAGGGACAGCAGGUUCAUCAUUUUCUGUGCUCCUCUUUAUUGUUUAUUCCCAAUCUAGAGCCCAUCCCGGACAGGGCUGUGUGCUGUUUAUACACUGGAAAUUUGCAAAUUUGGAUUUUUUUUUUUUUGUUCUUUUUCUUUCUGCUUUUUAAUUGCCUGUUGACUUACGGUGAGGGAUGUGCUGGGAUCCAAACCCUCUGACCUCUUAUGUUUCAAGGCCAUGACAGCUUGGUUAACCCCCUGGCACACAUGGCUGGACCAGAAGGCUAGGUUGGAGAGGGUUGAUGGAGGUCUGCCAGGGAUGGGGCUCGCUCCGGUGCUGGUUUCUUUGCCUGGAGCUGAGCUUCAGCCUCGGCAGGUGAAGGUGGCUUCUGGGAAUUGGGUAAUUUUUGGAACGUGUCAGGUGUGUUUGAUGGUUUUUUGGGGGUAUUUUGUGUGUUCUCCUUCUUAUCUGCUGUUAUCUCCAUGUGGGGAUGUGUCUCCUUGACCUCACUGGUAGAGCUUCAGCCCUCCGUUGGGAGUGUAGUGCUUCCAAACAGCUUUCCAGGGGCUUGGCAGCCGGGAUUUGGGACCUCAGUAAAUGGAAAAAAACCCGAUGAGAAAUACAAGCACUUUUCCUGCUGCCUGUCUCUCUCUGUGACCGCAACCCAUGGACACCGGUGUGUGGGCAAGUGUAGAUCCAUUGUCUUUCCACACUACCACCAUCCCGCUCCAAGCAGGGUCUUUCACGUGGAGAAACAGCCAAGAAGGGAGAGAAAUAGAUACUGUAAGGUUUAACCUUCUCGCGUCUUUCCAAACUGACAUCUUCUCCAUAAAAACGGUCCCUGGAAUCACCGAUUAAUUCCGAUGCUGCAGGAAACAUCUCCAUCUUCUGCCUCUUGAUCUUCUGGAGGGGUUUCUGCGAGGCUUUAGGGCUUAAGUUCUUGUUCCUCAUUAACGUCACAAACUCUGGAUGCCUUGGCUUGCUCUGCUCUCUGGUAGGGUCUAUAUAACAUCCGUGAGCUGUUGUCUACAUUCCAAAGAGGUUUAAAGAAAUGAUAAAUCUAUGUAUACAUAUAUGUUAUAACGGAAUAUCUCCAGGAAUUAACUGCCUCAGUAAAAAAAAAGAAAAAAAAAAAAGUAUUUUUUGGUUUUGUUUUGUUUUUACACAUGGGAUUUUUUUUUUAAGCUGAUAAACAUAGAAGAAGAAGAAAAAAAGAGAUUGUUAUAUUGUGCUGUUCGACUAUUUUCCAACUUGUAUUUUCAUAUAAUUUAUAUUUUUUAAAAGUGGAAAAAAAUUUUAAAAGCGAGAUUUAAAAAAAAAAAAGGAAAAAGCAGGUGCUUUUUACAAAAACUGAGCUGAGGUAGCUUAGAGAUGUAGCGAUGUGUGUGUGUGUGUGUCCGUGUGUGGUGUUUUGUUUUGUUUUGUUUCGUUUUGUUUUGUUUUUUAAAGGAUACAAAAAAACAAAAGUCCCUCCUGCAUUGAAUUCUUAAAGAAGGAGGGGAUUGGUUUUGUUUUAAUUGCUGAUGCUGGCACAUCAUUUUGCUGGAGAGUUUUUUAUAUACUGUAGCCUUAUUUCAUAUCAUAUUUUAAACCA